ACAGCACUCUUCCCUGGGGUGGCCUGGGCACCCCUGUGAGUGGCUGGGGCAUAGCGAGAGUUUGGGGGUCAGUUCCCCCACCACUGGGAUCCCUGCCCUGAGCCACGGGGCUUUCCCCUUCCUGGCCUGGCUCCUGCCGCCCGUGCUGCCGGUGAAACGCUGUUGACAUGUCCUGAAUUAUUAAGCACGGGGUGGGCUCCGGAGCACAUGCUGAGUGGAGCGGCUGGGGCUGCGCUGCGUGGCGGAGCAGCGCUCGCUCCCUCGCUCACUGCUCGCUCUCUCGCAGGGACACACGCAGGGGCUGACAGCUGUGCUGGUGCUGAUAAGGGAAGCCACAAGGAGACGAUCGAGGAGAGAGACAAGCGGCAGCAGAGGCAGCAGCGGCAGAGGCAGCACCAGGGCUGCGGAGCUGCUGGGAGUGGGAGUGACGCCCCCACCUCGGGCCCCCACCCUGUCCCGGUCUUCCUCCCGCUUGCCCUGAGUUUAGAAGAGCAGCCGCUGCCACCACCACCACUCCGGAGGGCACCAGGCUGCCAGCUAGGGAGGGACAGGGGCAGGGAGGCUCUGGCCAGUCCCAGCAGCCAGGGACAGAUGCCGAUUGAGAUUGUGUGCAAAAUCAAAUUUGCUGAGGAGGAUGCGAAACCCAAGGAGAAGGAGGCAGGGGAUGAGCAGAGCCUCCUCGGGGCUGCUCAGGGGGCAGCAGCCCCCCGGGACCUGGCUACCUUUGCCAGCACCAGCACUCUACACGGGCUGGGCCGGGCCUGUGGCCCACACGCCCAUGGACUACGCAGAACCCUAUGGGCACUGGCCCUACUCACCUCGCUGGUUGCCUUCCUGUACCAGGCAGUCGGCCUGGCCCGGGGCUACCUGACCCGGCCUCACCUGGUGGCAAUGGGCCCUGCUGCCCCUGCCCCAGUGGCGGGCUUCCCGGCCGUCACCCUCUGCAACAUCAACCGCUUCCGGCAUUCAGCACUCAGCGAUGCUGACAUCUUCCACUUGGCCAAUCUGACAGGGCUGCCCCCCAAAGACCGGGACGGGCACCGUGCAGCUGGCCUGCGAUACCCGGAGCCCGACAUGGUAGACAUCCUGAACCGCACUGGCCACCAGCUCGCCGACAUGCUCAAGAGCUGCAACUUCAGUGGGCGCCACUGCUCUGCCAGCAACUUCUCCGUGGUCUAUACUCGCUAUGGGAAAUGUUACACCUUCAACGCAGAUCCACAGAGCUCACUGCCCAGCCGGGCUGGGGGCAUGGGCAGUGGCCUGGAGAUCAUGCUGGACAUUCAGCAGGAGGAGUACCUGCCCAUCUGGAGGGAGACAAAUGAGACGUCAUUUGAAGCAGGCAUCCGGGUGCAGAUCCAUAGCCAGGAGGAGCCACCCUACAUCCACCAGCUGGGGUUUGGUGUGUCUCCUGGCUUUCAGACAUUCGUGUCCUGUCAGGAGCAGCGGUUGACCUAUCUGCCCCAGCCCUGGGGCAACUGCCGGGCUGAGAGUGAACUCGGGGAACCUGAGCUGCAGGGCUACUCAGCCUACAGUGUGUCUGCCUGCCGGCUGCGCUGUGAAAAAGAGGCCGUGCUCCAGCGCUGCCAUUGCCGGAUGGUGCACAUGCCAGGCAAUGAGACCAUCUGCCCGCCAAAUAUCUACAUAGAGUGUGCCGACCACACACUGGAUUCCCUAAGCGGGGGCUCAGAGGGGCCAUGCUUCUGCCCUACCCCCUGCAAUUUGACCCGUUAUGGGAAAGAAAUCUCCAUGGUCAGGAUCCCCAAUAGGGGCUCAGCCCGAUACCUGGCAAGGAAGUACAACCGCAACGAGACCUACAUACGGGAGAACUUCCUGGUCCUGGAUGUCUUUUUCGAGGCCCUGACCUCUGAAGCUAUGGAGCAGCGAGCGGCCUAUGGCCUGUCAGCCCUGCUGGGAGACCUCGGGGGACAGAUGGGCCUGUUCAUUGGAGCCAGCAUCCUCACACUGCUGGAGAUCCUGGACUACAUUUAUGAGGUAUCUUGGGACCGACUGAAGCGGGUAUGGCGGCGGCCCAAGACACCCCUGAGGACCUCCACUGGAGGCAUCUCCACUCUGGGGCUGCAGGAGCUGAAGGAGCAGAGUCCCUGUCCGAGCCGGGGUUGUGCUGAAGGUGGGGGCGCCAGCAGCCUGCUCCCCAAUCACCACCACCCUCAUGGCCCCCCAGGAGGCCUCUUUGAAGACUUCGCUUGCUAGGAUAGUGCUGUGUCAGAGGACCCAGGAGUCUGGGACCCUCUCCGGACCCCCAGCUUCUCUCCUGCUCAUGGGACAGAAGGCCCGGGACAGCCCGGGGCUGAGGGGAAAGGGUGGUGCUCACUGCCAGCCAGCACUCAGCUCUGGCUCUCACAAGACCCUUGCCCCAGCUUCUCUGCACAAGGGUCCUCCUUGUCCAAACUCCCCACUCCCAGGCUGAUACCCAAGGAGUGCUGCAGACCAUGGGCUCCUGUGGAGGGGAAGGAGGGAAGGAGAGGGAGGUGGAGCUAGAGCCCACCCUGGCAGGAUGGAACUCUCUGUACAUUUGUAUAUACUUAGGGCAGAUAGGGUGGGGGGGUACAGAUGUAGAAGGUGGGUGGGCCAGGGUGGGUGAUUCAGGGAAGGCCAGGGUCCCAGCCAAACGUCAGCAGGAGAGGGCGAGCCCCUAGGAGUCAGGUGUGCUGGGCUGAUCCUACGUCCCCCUCUCCAGGGCCAGCUCCCCUCUGAGCAGGGAGAGAGAGUGGCCCAGCCAGCCUGGCUCAGCUCUCAGCUCCCCCUGCACUAACCCCAGCCCGAGUCCCUUCCACAGGGAGCAGCCAGACCUUUCAGACCUUGGCUGAUUUUGGGGGAUGGAAAAGGAGGCUUCUCAGGCCUCUCCCUCUCCAGACUGGUUUUAUAAAGUGCUGACAAAAUUGGGAAUAAAG